GGUGGAGUUAAACCUCCGGUAGUGGUGGAAUCCGCAACAACGUUUGUAAAUAUUUUCACCUAAACCAUGUAAACAUCCAGCUGCAUAUCUUGGCAUCCAACAUUAUAAUUGCGGUUAUUUCGUUGAUCCUCCGAAGGUUGACGUUGGCCAGUAGUCUUGAGAAGUCGACAGUACUCAGAAAGUCAGAUACUCUCUUCGCUAUGUUUGCCAAAGUGUUACAAAUGAACUGCUGCAGGAGUAGCCCAGGUCGAAAUCUACUUCUAUUUAUUCUCUUCAUCUUUUGUAUUAUCAUUGCCGUGGUAUACGUCUUCCUCAUUGGACCUGUGGUAUCAGCUUUGAAGUCUCUACCUGGAUUAAGAGACUUGAGUAACUUGGACUCCUUCACUAAUUUCAUCUCAAAACAGGAAUCGAUCCGAGAACUCGUCCACUCUGGACAAGAUGGUGGAAUUGCUUCAUGGCAUGAUCAGCUCUUGGGGAGGCUUUACAUGGUGUCACAUAAAGCCAAGAGCAGGUCCAACCCUGCUCAUCCUGAUCAGGCAGCCCCAGGACCAGACACCCUUUCGUUCUUCGGAGUAGAUGUCAGCCACUCCCUGGAAGCCACCUACAUCUACAGACGCAUACUGCAAAGGGAUGACUUCCAUGUGCCAAAGCUUAUUGUUGAUAUUGGUGCUAAUGAUGGACUUCUAAGCAGCAAUUCUUUUAAUUUCAUCCACUGGGGCUGGUCAGCAAUACUUGUGGAACCUCAACAAAAGAUGCUCGAUAUGGCAAAGAAAAAUACAGAAAUGUUUCGUGAUCCUUACAAUGAUGGAAAACAGAUUGUAGAAUACGUGCCGGCAGUGAUCGGGGAGACAGACGGCAAGGUCCAAAUGGCUGUUGCUAACGACAUAGUAAACAUGGAGAACUAUGUGGUGACAAACCACAGGAAAGCUAAAUCAUCGCAUACAAUUGAAGUUCCGUCCAUGACAGUUCAAACCUUUGCCAAGAAUCUCAAUGUGCCACAGAAGUUUGGAAUAUUGUCCAUAGAUGCCGAAGGAGUCGGGGAUAAGAUUCUGCACCAGUUUAUUGAAGCUGGUUUCCGCCCAGAGUAUGUAAUAUACGAACCUCUUCACAACAGCGAGUACCACCUCACUACCAUCGAAUACAUGAAGAAAGCAGGUUACAAGUUCCUUACAAAGAGAGGCUGGAAUCAGAUUUAUGAACUGCGGACUCCUUUAGAAUAAACUAUAGUUUAUUUCAUCUUUUUAGUUGAUUUUAUAAACUACUACAAGCUCCCCGUUAAUAAACUCUCGGUCAUUUUGUCUUUUUAGUGGAUCUAUGAGCUAUAAGCUCCCUGAGAAUAAAGCACAGAUUAUUUUGUCUUUUUGGUGCUUAGUGUACGCGAGAUUGUGCUUGGAACUGGUACUUUAUUUUGUUAAUACGGAUAAUAAAAAGAUAUAAAAUGA